UGGCUGCAGUAAGGACCUAUCUCAAAACCGAAGAAAGCAGUAGGAAGAACAAUUGCAGUCAGCCAAGACUGUCUCAAAAAGAAAACAACAGAAAAAAAAAAACAACAGGUCUUGGGGCUCACAUAUAUUCAGCUCACCAGGAAAAGGGGCUCUGCACCAGGCACUGCACAACAAACAGCAUCACCAAUGAAACUGCUUCCAUUCCUAGUUCUGAUUUCCAGUCUGCUGGACUAUGGCUACGCUUCUGCAAGCUGCAACAUGACAUGCCACAAAGAUGCCAGGUGUGAAGUUCAGGGUGGGACAACAGGCUGCUAUUGCUCCCAAGGAUAUACAGGAAAUGGCAUAACAUUCUGUUACGAUGAUAAUGAAUGUGAAAAUGCUACUCAGCCUUGUGGAGAGCAUGCCAAUUGCACAAACACAGUGGGAAGUUAUUUCUGCAUGUGUAUGCCUGGUUUCAAAUCCAGCAAUGGUCAACAAACUUUUGUACCUAAUGAUGGAACCUCCUGUGUGGAUGUAGAUGAGUGCAGCAAUGAAGGAACUGUUGCCUGUGGAGACCAUGCAAAAUGUGAAAACGUGGAUGGAGGGUUUAACUGCUCCUGUAAGGAAGGUUAUCAACCAUCCACGGGAAAAUUGCAGUUUAAGCCAAAUGAUGGCACUUCCUGCCAAGAAAAUCCGAAGGCCAAGUGUGAGUUAUACAAAGACUGUAUAACUGAACAUAUUAACAGAACUUUAGCUAGGAUUAGUCAUUUGAAAACACCCCUGGAGAUGCUGCAAGAAAUUAAUAAAAAUACUUUGGGACCGCUUUUACCUGUAGAUGUAAUUUCAUAUGUUGAAGCACUGUCUUAUUCAUCAUUAAAUACCAGGCAUUACUCUGUUUCUGACAAUGAAACACUUCGUGAUACAACCAUUAAUGUUUUGGUUAGUACUGUGAACAAUUUUUUACAAAAAGACAAGAUUACAGUCUGGGAAGCUCUUCCUGUAGAUGACCAAAGACGGAGCCUGACUAAGCUGCUGCAUACUGCAGAACAAGCAACGCUUCUCAUGUCACAGAACUUCAAAAAGACAACACAGCUAGAUGCUAAUGCAAGUGACAUAGUACUCAAGGUUUUUGCUUUUGAUUCACAUCACAUGAAACACAUUCACCCUCAUGUAUACACGGGGGGAGAUUAUAUAAAGAUCUCUCCAAAGAAGAGAGAGGAAUCCCAUCCUAAUGGCACUGUUGCAGUUGUCUUCCUGCGGUAUAGCAAUAUUGGUUCUUUGCUUUCAUCACCUAAAAACCUCUCCUCAAAAGAUACUUCAGAGCAGAGACAGACCGUAAGCUCAUCAGUUAUAGCUGUGGCAAUUAGCUCAAAUCCACCUACACUCUAUGAGCUUGAGAAAAUAACAUUUACCUUAAAGUAUGAGAAGACUCUGGAUAAAGAUAUUAAAUGUGCAUUUUGGAACUACUCUGCAGACACAAUGAAUGGCAACUGGGCUACCGAAGGCUGUGAGCUGACACAUUCCAACUCCACUCAUAUCUCAUGCAAAUGUAAUCAUCUGACUCAUUUUGCUGUUUUGAUGUCCUCAGGUGGCUCUGUUGGUGUUACAAAUUAUAACAUUCUUACAAGAAUCACUCAGCUAGGAAUAAUUAUUUCGUUGAUUUGCCUCUCCAUGUGCAUUUUUACAUUCUGGUUCUUCAGUGAAAUUCAAAGCACUAGAACGACAAUUCACAAAAACCUCUGCUGCAGCCUUUUCCUGGCGGAACUUAUUUUUCUGAUUGGAAUUAAUAUGAACAAUAAUAAGCUCUUCUGCUCAAUUACUGCCGGAUUGCUCCAUUAUUUCCUUCUAGCUGCUUUUGCAUGGAUGUGCAUUGAAGGUAUUCACCUCUACCUUAUAGUAGUGGGAGUCAUCUACAACAAGGGUUUCUUGCAUAAGAAUUUCUAUGUCUUUGGCUACGUCAGCCCAGCUGUGGUCGUUGGAAUCUCUGCCGCACUAGGGUACAAGUACUAUGGCACCACAGAAGUAUGUUGGCUCAGCACGAAGAACAACUUUAUAUGGAGUUUUAUAGGACCAGCAUGUCUAAUAAUUCUUGUUAAUUUGUUGGCUUUUGGAGUGAUUAUUUAUAAAGUAUUUCGACACACUGCAAUGUUAAAGCCAGAAGUUAGUUGCUAUGAAAAUGUAAGAUCCUGUGCCCGAGGUGCUCUUGCUCUCCUCUUCCUCCUUGGGGCUACAUGGAUCUUCGGAGUCCUCCAUGUUGUCCAGGGAUCCGUGGUUACAGCAUAUCUUUUUACAAUCUUCAAUGCAUUCCAGGGGAUGUUCAUUUUCAUAUUUCUUUGUGUGUUGUCUAGGAAGAUUCAGGAAGAAUAUUAUAGGUUGUUCAAAAAUGUUCCUUGCUGUUUCGGCUGCUUGAGAUAAACGGAACAAAAAUAUGCACGAGCAUAUCAGUGGAAGAAGGAAGCAAGCUAGAUGAUGUUGUUAUGGAUAUUAUGGAAAAAAUAUGUUAUUGUGAAAGUAUGAAAUGAUAGAGUGAGCAGGCAUAUCUCUUAAUUGAAUUACUGACUGGUUUUGUACAUAUGUGUGCAUUAAUGCAAAGCAUUUAUAUUAUGCUGUAUACAAGCAGUAUACAAAACAAACUCGAUUAUUGCAAAAUAAGUAUUAAUGAAGACUGGGGGAAAAAAAAGCAAAUUUCUGAAGAAGCUCAAGAUUUUUCAUGAUUUUCAGGUUUUGUUUCUAAUAUUAGAAAUAUCUGCAGUUUUUGAAAGCAAGAUACCAAAAUCUAACUAGCACAGCAGAUUUUACGAAUUGCCUUGUUAGUGAAACAUGUUCACUGUAUUUUUUGUAACAAUGAGCUUCUUACAUUGAAUUUGUAUGUGGUCAUCUGCAGGGAAUGGGUUCCAUUAAAGAGUCAAUAGAUAAAGAUCAGCUUCAGCCCAGACUUUUGAAAACAUUUCUUUUAAUUUAAAGUAGAUUAAAGAAAGAAUUUGUUUAAUGAUAUUCACUUAUCAGUCUGAAAUAUAUAUUUGUAUAUUAAUCAAUUCUUUAUUUUUAUAACUUUUAAAGAACUGUUUAGAUCUUAAGAGCUGAGGUCAGAUCUGAUACAAGAAUGGUGGGACAGCCAUUUUAUAAGUGAAAUAUUGUUUUGUGAAUACUUUGAAAAAGAUCUGGUUCUCGUUUUAUUUAAUUGCCAAAAAGACUGAGAUCUACUAAACUGGCACAAUGAUUUUGGAGGCUCUGGGAAGAAGAUGCUUUCAUAAGUUCGUUGCUUGAUAUUUGGAAUCCAGACCUUGCAGCACCAAAUUAAAAGUGGUAGUAAUCACCCAUGCAGAAGAAUGCAGAUUUAAAUUCAAUGUUGUGUGCCUCCAUACCACGUAAAAUUAUAACUACAGCAGUUUAUUCACAGAAUCUUUGAGUCAAGCAGUUGUCUUCCUCUGAGGCUCCUGGUUUUGAAACACUUAUCCUGUGUUUAACCUUGGGAGCAUCCAUAGGUCUACUGAAAUAUAAACGGAAUACUUGAGGUGCAGGUUUUGCCAGAUCAGGGCAUAGAUAUGAUGCAUCAGCAGUUCCACCUUUCCCAUCUGACUUACUUUAAAAGUAUGCUUUAAUUUCACCCUUUUAGCACCUAGCUUGUGUAUGUGAAGUGCUGAGCAAUCCUCAAUCCACAUUGCCUUCUCAGGAAGUGUCUAAGAUCUCAGAUGAAGCCCAGUAUUUUUACUUUUGAGGCACUGUAAAUAUGUAGUUUUUAAUAAAUCCCACUGUUGUGUUGUCUGUUAAAAUAAAGCACUACUCUGAGAUUUAUUUAUAUUAAAGGAAACUUUUUGUUGGUAAUGGUCUAAUUUGUUUGUUUGGUUUUUUAUCUUUUUCCCUAUACACAAGGCUUUCACUCUAUGCACUGCAGUGAUAUGCUUCAUUAAGUAUAUUCCAUGUCUCUGACAAAACUUUGGAAACCACAAGAGAAGCCCUUUAUCUUGGGGAAAAAAAAUAAUCUGUUGGUCCUCUGAAUGUAAAAUAUGUGAAUAAACUGAUGUUCUUAGCUUGCA